AUGUGCAAAAAACCGCAUAUAUCAGGGACAUUUUUUGGAUUAGGGUUGAAACUUUUUAUACUUUUUACAGUGUAUAAGCUUUUUUUUGUAUGUCCUUUAGAAGAAUUGUCAGGGACGCAAGUGUUACUAUGCAGAAAUUAUUAUUAUUUGAGGUCAGCAGUGGAUCCGUAUUUAAAACCGGUGUAUUAUAGAUAUGCGUGGGAGCAGGUGGAGAUUGCAAGACCUUAUUUAGAAAAAGUGCGAGAAAGGGUUAAAGGAUACAGUAAACCGGUUGUAGAACAUGCUAGAAGGCAAUAUGAGGGUAAUAUUUAUCCGUAUGUGUUAAAUGGAAAAGAAUGUAUAUAUCGAUAUAUUAAGAAGCAUUUGGUACCUUUAAAAGCAAGAUAUCUUAGGGGAUACGAUGAGAUUUGUAGAGAUAGACUGGUAGGAUGUAUAGAAUAUCUUGUGAGGGUAUAUCGAAUGUAUAUUUUCCCGGGUAUUUAUUUGGGUUAUGAGACAGUCAUUUAUAUGUAUCAAUCAAAGAUGGGGCUUAGAUUUUUAGUAAAAAAGGUGUAUCCUUGUAUUAUAGAGGGUUUGUUUUGGUUAAAACAUCUUUUUCUCACAUAUGUACUUCCAAAAAUGAAUGAUUUUUGGAUUACACAUGUAAAUCCGCAAUUGGACAGAAUUUAUGAUCGUAUUUUUCAAUAUAAAAGUGUGGAUUAUAAUAUUGUAUCGGAAACAUCAUCAUCAUCAUCAUCAAACAGACAAGGAACAUCAAAAGGAAAUAUUAUGGAUGAAAAGAAGAAUACUCAUGCUCCAUAUGAUCAGACGGAAGAACAACUUUUUUCAGAAAUUUUGUCAUUAUGGACUGAUCGUCUUAAUAAAAUAGGCAAAGAAAUAGAAAAAGCAUUGAUUGAGGAUUUGAUUGAUGUAUUUUUGCCCGUCAUUUAUAAAAAAGAGAAGGCUAUAAUUGAAAAUCUUCUUAAUGAAUUGAAUUCAUUAGUAGAUUCGGAAAUCUCUAAGAUAAAAGACAAAAUUAUAUCAAAAGAGAAUGUUCUUAAAAACACUUUCUAUAACAUUGAUGAUAUUAAGACGGCUGGAAAAAAAAUUCAUGCUAAAGCUUUAGAAAUAAGGAAUUAUCUUAAAUCGAUUGAAAAUGAUUGUAAAAAGAAAAUAAUCAAAAAAUCUAAACUAUAUUUUAACCAAAUCAUAACCUUUCAAUCAGAAAUGGCAUCGUUAUUUGAAGUCUUCAUUAGAUUGAGUACUAAAGAUGAAAAUUAUAAAAACGUUUAUAAGAGGUAUUUUGACUUUAGAAACCUUAUUGAUCCAAUUGAAAAACAAUUUUUCGAUUCUAUAUUAAAUUCUACACUAUCUGGUGUUAAAAAAAUACGCAAUUUGUCUAUAAAAGCAGAGCUUGCCGUAAACAAUAUUGCGGGUUUAGCUGCAAGACAAUUAAAAGACUUUAAAUCGGCGAAUACUUCAAAUAACUUUAUUCAAAAACUUUAUCAUAAUCCAAUUGAUGAAGAAAAUAAUGCUUCAUCAGGAUUAAAUGAAGAAUCAGAGGAUCAAUCAAUGGCUUCAGAUAAUUCCAAACAAGAAACAAAACAAGAAAAUGAAAAAUUCGAGUCAGAACAUCCUGCUUUAAACCAGGAUUCCAAAUCCUAUUAUACGGAAAAACAAAUAAACACUAAUUCAUACCCCUCGGAUAAUAAAAAUUUUAUGGAAAACAUUGAUGAUAUUUCAUCGCAAACAGAUACGUUACAUAUACAAAAAGAAGCUAUAAGGUAUAUCAACUUUUUAUCUAAUAUUUAUUGA